CGCGCUGGGAAAGGCCGCCUGGCGCCGCGGUGCGCAGGCGCCGCGGGGGCUGCUAAGUGAAGCGGCAAUGGACGCCUUGGAGUCGUUGUUGGACGAGGUGGCCCUGGAGGGGCUCGAUGGCCUAUGUCUGCCCGCGCUGUGGAGCCGCCUGGAAACGCGCGUGCCGCCUUUCCCUUUGCCGUUGGAGCCCUACACGCAGGAGUUUCUGUGGCGGGCCCUUGCCACGCACCCAGGAAUCAGCUUCUAUGAGGAGCCUCGGGAGCGACCAGACCUCCAGCUCCAGGAUCGGUACGAGGAGAUUGACUUGGAAACUGGCAUUUUGGAGUCCAGGAGGGACCCGGUCCCUCUGGAGGAUGUCUACCCCAUUCACAUGAUCUUAGAGAACAAGGAUGGCAUCCAGGGCUCGUGUCGGUACUUUAAGGAGAGGAAGAACAUCACCAGCGACAUCAGGACCAAGUCUCUGCAGCCGCGUUGUACGAUGGUGGAAGCCUUUGACAGGGUCUGCAUUAGCAGCAAACUGGAGUCAGAGUCGGAUGUUCAACUCCACUGUGAGGGGCAGUCCCAGGAAGCCAGGCUCAGCGAGCGGUGGAACAGCUGCCACGUUGGAACGAGAACUUCAUGUCUGAUUUACUACAGAUUCCCCAGAGCCUCCAGCCUGCUGCUUUGCCCUUGGAUUGGCCACUGGACCAGACUGACCAGUUGGGUACAAGAGGAAGAGAUAGAUGUCACUUCUGGGCUGGGAGAAGAGAAACGAGCCCUACUGUCAUCUGAGCCAGCAACAGUCCCCUUGGCUUAACUUCCCGGCGUGAGCCAACUGGAAGGGAGACACGGCCACACUCCCUCCAAGGCUUGGGACGGCGCCCGCGAGUACUCGCCAGACAUUUGCCACCUGGAGUUUCAGGCGCCUCAGGAAGCAUCCAGGAGUCUUCCUUCCAUAGUCAACAGGGACCUGAUGGACAACUCCACCCUGGAAGCGCAACUCAAAACAGCGUUGCAAGCCGAAGCCCUCCUGCUAGAACCAGCGACGCCACAGGCAACGAAAUGCCACGGAAGACAGAACUCACUUUGAGAAGCGGGGUUAAAUUCCAGCACGACGAGGGUGUCCGGGCCCUGCGGGGGACGUCCACCUGCCUCCCGGUCCUCAGGAGCAUCCUUGUCCCCAGUGGACAGAGGGCAGUCACCUCCAGGACAGCCCUCGGGCUCAGGCUCGGGCUCAGAGGUGACGUCUUCUUCGAUAGAGUCCUAGUCAUUGCUGGGACAAUCCCCCUGUCUCCUCUGUGCGUUUGCACUGAGUUCCAGGCUUCUUCUCAGCUCCUGCCAAAAGCCAGGAAGAGAGAUGCACAGUGAGAUAAGGCACUUGGCGGGCCGUUCUUCUGAAAGUCAUUUGAACCAAAGAUCUGUUUCCAGCGCACUCACCUUCCACAAGGUCAAAACCAAGAGCAGAGGAAAGCCAGCGACUCUCUGGCCAGAGCAGUGCUCACAGUACCAAUGGCGGUGUUUGUAUACCUGAGAUGCUGUGUGUGUGUGUGUGUGUGUGUGAGAGAGAGAGAGAGAGAGAGAGAAAGAGGGAUGACCCUUAGGCUUGGUAAAACAGACUGUCGGGGAGGGCUUUUGCAUUUGGUACUCAGCUUAUAUCAUUGCUUGAGACACCUCUAUCCCCUAUUGGAGUGCCUGGUUCGAGUCUCGGCUCCUCUGCUUCUGCUCCAGCUUCCUGGUACUGCACACCCUGGGAGGCAGCAGGUGAUGGCUCAAGUACUUGGAUCCCUGCCGCCCACACAGGAGACCCAGAUGGAGUUCCAAGCUCCUGGAUUUGGCCUGGCCCAGCCACAGGUGUGGUGAGCAUCUGGGGGAGUGAACCAGUAGAUGGAAGACCUCGCUGUGUCUUUCAAAUAAAAGUGAAAAUAACUAGAUAAAUGCAUACUUAGAAACACAAACAUACAUACAAACAUAAACUCAUACAAAACAGAUUGUGGAGACCUAUCCUCAGAUUCUCUAACUCAGUGGGGCCUGAGAAUUUACAUUUCUAAGAAGCCAAUGAUGCUCAGGCUGCUGGUCCCAGAAGCCAGCUCUGCAAAUGAAAUCCCAAGGGCCUCCAAACGACCCUGAAAGUGCAGCCGGUGAGACGCCGGCAGGGAGCUGCUGGUGGCUGUCCUGCCUCUAGCAGGGUGCGGCACAGCAUCUAAAUGUGAAAUGUCAGAACAUUUCCCACUUGACUGUAACUGCCUGCGGAUUUUUUUUUUUUUUAACGAUGCUUUUGUCUUCUUGGGAUUAUAGGCCAAGCGUUAAUAUUUUUACUUUAGAACUUAACUAUUAACUGCUGGAUAAAACAAAUGUUUAUGUUUCUUUUUUCUUCCUGAGACUGUAGGUCAGGCAUUAAGAACUAUACUUAGAGUGACCAGAAAAAUGUAGCAUCCAAACCAGGACAUUUCUCUGAAAGGGGAAAAAAAGGCUUGGUUAAAUUUGUGAUGAGAUGAAAGAGGAUAAACUGAACAGCCAGGGAGAGCCAGUACGUGGAGUCAACCUAGCUCUACUAGCCCUAUAGCCCUUGUCGUAUCUAUCAUACUUCUGGAGAAAUGAGAAUCAAUCGGUGAAGGCUUGAUGAUUGACCAAUAAACCUUUAUAUUUAUGGUAGGCUGAAUAAUGGCUCCUCAAAGAUACUUAGAUUCUAAUCUCUAGAACUUGUCAGUCAGAGAAGGCUUAGGAGGAAGUGAACUCCAUAUAGAAAACCUGAAAUAUGUCAGGGAAAUCAUCCUAAAAUGACUGCUUGAUAGAAAGACAGACAUUGGGGCCGGCACUGUGGUAUAGUGGGGUAAAGCUGCUGCCUGCUGUGCCAGCCUCCCAUAUUGGUGCCGCUUUGAGUCCCGGCUGCUCCACUUCUGAUCCAGCUCUCUGCUAUGGCCUGGAAAGCAGUAGAAGAUGGCCCAAGUGCUUGGACCCCUACACUCAUGUGGGUGACCUAGAUGAAGCUCCUGGCUCCUGGCUUCAGCUCUGCCCAUCCCUGGCUGUUGUGGCCAUCUGGGGAGUGAACCAGUGGAUGGGAGACCUCCCUCCCUCUCCCCCCCACCCCUCUCUCUGCCUCUGCUUCUCUGUAACUCUACCUUUCAAACUAAUUAGAUAAUUAAUUGAAAUACAGACAUCAAAGGUGCCGCUGUUGAGGGCUCAGGUCCGGGGAACCGGAAACUGGGGGAGAGGGAACCCUGCUAGGCGGCAGCAAAGCCCUCACGGAACUGUGCCUGCAGUUACAGGCUAAGCACACUGGUAAGUGAUGAGCCUGGAAAUGGACUCAGCAGGUUUCCACGGAAGGUGUUGAAGUUGCUUCUACCAGCUGAGAGUAGGAGGCAAGAGCAGAGAGACUGGAGGAAGAGCUGCUAAGGGAAGAGGAACUAGGAUUUGACGAUUUGGGCGACUCUCAGCUGGUCCAGGCUGCAAAAAGAUGUGAUGAUUAGGAGCUUCGCUGUCAGAAAGUGUGCUCUGGCAGAAAAUCAAGUGGGUGGUGCACUACCUGUGGCUAGAAUCCCAGGAGGGACCAAAGUUCAGAGUGUCCAAGUACAUAGUGGGCUCUUUGUCCAAGAGAUAGACGGGGCCCACCGAUCUCCGUCAGAUCACUCUUAGAGGAUUCCCAAUUAGGCUCACAGCAGACUUCUCAUCAGAAACCCUACAAGCUAGAAGGGAAUGGCGAGACAUAGCCCAGGUACUAAGAGAGAAAAACUGCCAGCCCAGAAUAUUAUAUCCUGCAAAGCUCUCAUUUGUGAAUGAAGGUGAAAUUAAGACUUUUCAUAGCAAAC